AUUUGUUCGACGAUUUCGGUGGUUUUAUUCGUACUAGUUGUUCCGAUAUGAGUUCAGCCGCUUGUGCUUUUCGCGUCUACUACUUUCCCGAGUUUGUGUGUGAAACUUUUCAGUUGCACACGAUGUGCGCUUGAACUUUCGAACUGGGCUAACGACUCGCGACGUAAUGUAAACUGGAAGAAUGCACUGGUGUUCUCAAAACUUGGCAAUUAACACUGUGAUAAUAAAUUUGAUGUAAAAUGUUUGACGAAUGAACGACGAACUCAUGUCGAAUGUGACGAUGAUGUUGUUGGUACUGACGAUAUUGCUGUCGGAGGCAUCGUGGCUGUGUUGUGAAGUGACGGUCAAUCCAUCUGGAUCCGGGGGCAUUUUGAGCGGCGAUCCCGCUCCGGGAAGGUCGCCCGGUCCUCCGGAGCUCCGGGACGCAGCGGAAGACACGCAACAUGAUUUUGACGCGGAAACGAUGGCACGGUGCACGUUAGAUGGGGGCACCGUUCAAGUACCGGAUAUGGAUUUAAUCAACAUGACAGUACAGCACCAGUUGUUCAGGACUGAUGUUUUGGUACCAGGAAUUGAAUAUCAAGUCGUCUUACGUCGAAUGGAGGACGGCCCUUCGUUAGAGUACUCGAUAGCGUCGACGAUGGAGGGCAGACCGUGGGGCGAGUUCCGGGGUCGGCACGACCCGAAGGGCUGCGGUCCGCACAUCCUCCGCGGUCAAUUCGAAGGCAACGAGGCGAACUUCAGCUGGACGUUCGAGGGCGCCGCCGAACACGCCAGACCUAAUUUAACUUUCGAGUUGAAGUAUUACGUACAAGACAAGAGAACUACGUAUGGAAUAAAAUACUCAUAUCCAGCCUCAAAUGAGUGUCGUUUGGAACUGAGAGACGAAGAGGCAGAGCUCAGCCACCGCGACGUGGCGCAUCCCCACGAGUGUCAGGUGUGGUUCCCAAUUCGCGAGUCGGGUCACGGCCUGGUCAUAGAGCUGACCCGGCUGAAUGUGCCCUGCUCGAAGGGUUUCAUACAUUUCUCGGGGUUGAACGUGACGCAGCACCAGCACCUCAGGAGCCACAGGCAGACGCAUCUGUGCGGCAAGCUCGAAGAGUUGCCGGAUACGGACAGGCACAUCUACUUUCCCGCCUCGCAUACGCCGCCGUUUAUGCAGGUUCACGGUUCCCCAAUAUUUAGCCUAACCUACCACUUGGUCGAUUACUGUUACAACGUGACAUUCCUGACGAAAAACGGCUCGUUCGAACUGAAACCGACUGGAGAUCUACAGUGCACAUUUAAAAUUUAUCUGCCCUAUGGGAAUCGCGUCGCCAUGAAUCUCCAAAUCGGGGACAGCACGUCAACAGGCACUCCAGAGACCGGUGUCGCAUUCCCCGACGUCAACAUGCCAGACGACUCGUGCGACGGUCUUCUCACCAUCCUCCACGACGGCCCAAACACCUGGUCGCACUGCACGCGUCCCGGCGACGCCGAACGGCGCAUCGAAACCGUAUCGCGGGAAAAUCGGGUGACGCUGCGCGUCUCGGUGCGCAGCGCAGGCGGCGCCGCUCUCGGGUUGAGGAUGACGUACCGCGCAGAGCCGGUCGAGGACAUCGUGGGCGGUUGCGGGUUCGGGUGGGUGGCUCUGCGCCAGUUCUGCAUCGCGGCCGUCGAAGGAGCUCGCCUUCCUUGGGCGCAAGCCGAGAUGGAGUGCGCCCGAAGGGGGGGACAUCUGGCCAGUGUCCGGAACGAUAGGGACCAAGAAGUUUUGGAUAAGCUUAUUUUAAACAGUCCUGGAUAUCGGGAUAACAACGCUUAUUGGAUCGGAGCCUCGGAUAAGACGCACGAAGGCGACUUCCGAUGGUCGGACGGACUUCCAUUCUCUUACACGAAUUGGUUCCCGGGAUGGGAGCAACACGGCUAUUACAACCGUCAGCCGAACGACGACGGCCUGAGCGAGCAGGACUGCGUGGAAAUUCGCAGGGUGUACUCGUUGCCCACGUCGACGGCCAGUUUGGCCUCUACUUUCAUGUGGAACGACCGUGACUGCGCCACCCCCAAUUAUUUCAUCUGCGAACGGCUCCAGAACGAUGAACCAUUGGAGGACAGUUGGCCACCAGAUUGCAACAGGUCGGUGGUGUUGUCCAGACAGCAACCUCGAGCGGCGAUUUCGAGUCCCGGAUUUCCACGCCAGUAUCCAGACAAUGCAGACUGUGACACCGACAUAACCGCACCAACUGGCUACAGGAUAGUGUUGGACUUCGAAGAGCUGGUUGUCGAGAACGAACCAUCAUGCAGCUACGACUAUCUGGAAAUACUGGAGCGGUCGUCGAAUGCGACAUCAAACUCGUCGGGAUCCACGCGUAGGUUGUGCGGCGAUUGGAGUUCGAAGUUGAAGCUGUUGAGGUACGUCAGCGACGGAUCCAGACUGAAGCUCCGAUUCAGUUCCGAUUAUUCGCAUCACUUCGGUGGCUUUAAGGCCAGAGUGUCGAUGGAAAACGCCAUGCAAUGUGCCGACGAUCGCCUCAUAAUGUUCAACAACUCCUGCUACUUGAUCGUCAACUAUCCGGAAGUAACUUGGAACACGGCCCAGCAAAUAUGCCGUGGCCUCAAAGCGAAUCUAGCCUCAAUCCAGUCGCCGGAAGAGGAACGAUUCAUCAUAACGAACAUCCGCAAGAACCCGGAGUAUCGUACCAGUGCCUUAUAUUGGCUUGGCGCCACCACCGAAAACCGUGACGAGUUCCAUUGGAUCGACGGCCAGUCGAUGAACUAUUUCGGUUGGUUGCCCGGUGAAAAACCGCAAGAGAAAAACCAGCAGAAGAACGUUAGGAAUGUGUCGUGUCUGGGAAUUAGGUGGACGCCAUCGCCUACCCCAAUGCUGCCCAGCGGGUUGUACUGGAAGCCCAUGAAAUGUAAUUCUAUUGGAGGCUACGUUUGCAAGCGGAGGCACCAGUUGUUAGGGACGGGGAUCAACUUUAACAAGACCUUGAACGGAUCCGAGGGAACGCUGACGACUCCUAAUUAUCCAGGGAAUUACUACAAUAACUUGGAUUUUUCCGUAAAAGUGGUCGGUCCGGAUAGAACCAGACUGGUAAUCAAGUUUCAAAAGUUGGAUGUGGAAGCGCAACUCGAAUGUUUGUAUGACUACGUGGAGAUAAGAUCAGUAAAUAAGAAAGAAAGGGGAGCAAGCGAUUCAGUGAAAUGGUGCGGCAGCCACGACACCGACAUGCAUCGGUUCGAUUUCGUAUCGGAGGGCAACGAGGCCGAAAUCAAAUUUCACUCCGACUAUUCGAUAUCUGGGAGCGGAUUUUCGUUACGGUGGCAGGCGGUCGACGUGUCCGCGUGUCCCCAGCAAACUCUGACGGCCAAGGAGGGCGUUCUGCACAGCCCCAACUAUCCCGACUUUUUGCUCGCCCAUCUCGACUGCACCGUCACUAUCCUCGCUCCUGCAGGAAAGAGAGUGUUGCUUCAAUUUGAGGAGGUGGACUUGGGCCGAACAUCGGAAGAUUUUGACCUAGCUCCCAAACAAAACAACGAAGCAACCAUUGAAAUCAACCUCAGUAAACACACAGCCGCUUUCAGACCAUUCGACGUCGAGGGCCUACUGACCGAAGGCACGUUCAUAUCCACAGAGGAACGGCUGCAACUCAAACUGCAAACAGGCGAUAAUCCCCGCGGGACCGGCUUCAAAGCCACAUACAAGAUCGCCAAUCCCAUUGUCGAAGAGAGGACGAUUAGCCUGGCCAAUUACACGUCAGGGCUGCUCCUGCAUCUGAAUUAUCCUGAUAAUCCGGCGGCUAACGUCGAUUUUCUGCAGCACUUUACUGCUCCUCUGGGAUAUGCAAUUUCGCUUGAACUGCACUAUGUUAAAAUGAGUGAUACUGAAGACUGUUCGGACGGCUACGGCCUCAUAGAAGUCUACGACCACUACUCGGACACGAACGGGACGUCCUGGAACCUGUGCUACGACACCGAACGUCAGGAUUCCGUCAUUCCGGCAGCCCCCAUCGCCAUCAAGUCCUUCCUUAACACCAUCCAUUUGCGACAACGGAACACUCUACUCGGCGUUCCGCUGAACGGAACGCUGAAAGUGUUGCCGGACGCCGGUUACAGAGCGAAGCUGCUAAAGUUUAGGGAGGAAAGGGUGGAGAGCUGUGACCCCAAUCCCUGUCUCAACAACGGGAAAUGUAUCUCGAAGAAGGCGCAUAAGUUCUGCCAGUGUCUCGGCCAUUACACAGGCAUUUUCUGCGCUUUGACCCGAUGCGAACUGGAGCCGUGCGUGUUUGGCACUUGCGAACUGACCAACACCAGCUACAAAUGUCACUGCAAAGCGGGUUACGUCGGUCCGACGUGCGAGCAAAAACGCAAGCCUUGCGAAGGCAAUCCUUGCGAAAGUCGGGGUACUUGUGUGGAAAGGGGAGACGGAUUUCAGUGUAAAUGCCACGCUUGGUGGGAAGGAUCGAAAUGCGAAAAGAGAAUCUUACAUAUCCCUUAUAAGCCGUUGAGUGAACGAAUGCUGCAUGAACCGUUCUGGUUGGGUCUGAUGACGGUGUUUUUCGUGAUGGCCGUGAUUGGACUGGUCUGGUGCGCCAAGAGGCAUUUCCCAGAGAAAAUAGAGAAGUUGCUCGCUGAGGAUAACGACCGCAACAGGAGCACCAUGUCGUCGUUGAGGAGCGCGUCGGUGCGCGAACAGUUGGCGGCGGCGUCUGCAGCCGCGGGUGGCGGCGGCAGCGGUCAGGCUUCGACGACGGCCAGCACUUGUGCCCCCAGUCCAGGUCCGGGAGCGCCCCGUUCGUUGUUCGGCCGCCUCGGUAUCCGCAAGCCGUCCAUCCUCAGCCUGACCAGUCCACACGCCGGCGGCGGUCUCGUGCCCGCCACCGCCAGAACGUUCAGUCUGGACGAUCUGUUAAAACCUCCCCCGAGACGUACGCCAUCUCCAAAAAAGAAACGUAAUAACUCGACGCCCACAAAGAAAAACGUUGCAGAAAAGAAACAGAUACUGCAACAAUUGAUCUCGCCAGGCAACAAACAGGGAUCGAGGAAAGUAAGCCUGGGUGAACUGAUCCAGAUGACGGAAAGAUCGCCCAAAGAGGGCCCAGAUAGAGCAGACCGCAUAUCGAUAACGGUGGCAGAGACAGAUUUUACCGAAUCAGAUCCUGUACAAUCAGCGCUGAACGAUCCAAAGUUAGAGAAAAAAGUAACGUUCGCCCGAUUGCUAAACAAGGUUUCUGCCGAAAUGAGUUCUGGAUCGGACAUAGAGCUGGGCAUAAUGCAAACGAACAAGUUGGGCUGUAUGUUCGCUAGGCCGUCGAGUACUCCUCCCUCGCCCAGCGUAGACACAAGGUCCCCGAACAGCACCUCCAGCAAUCAAGGUAGUGAUUCGCUCACUAGCUCUGAUUUAGCGAUAUCGGUGUUCAGCUCUAGUAUUUCAGAUCUCCUUAGCACGAGGCGUAAUAACCGCCUGCCUAAUGGGCGUGAGAAGCCGGCCAGUGCCGAUUCCAUAUUGGCAAUGUUCCGCAAUUUCUCGUCGACUUCAGCCGGCGCGAACCUGCCCUCUUCUCUAAGGGUGUCGCCCUCCACGACGCCAACCGCCUCUAGUCCCCAAGACGACAUCGUAGGCGACGACGAAUCCUCAACCUCCUCAAUCCCGACGCCGGUGUCGUUCUCGAGCGGCGCGCCGGAAAGCCCGAUAAUGCACCGGCACGCUGCGCAAAACUCUAUCGAAGUACCCGUUCUAGAUACGCUCAGCGCGCACAAGACGCCCAAUAGCGGCAACUUGCUGCAUCCACCCACCAUACUGUUAGAGAUACCAAGCACAAUCAAUAAGUGCCUUUCUCCGAUCAGGGAGCUACCCACUCCACUACCCUCCCCAAUGCCAUCUCCCGCUCUCACUCCUAUCAUGAGGAGGAGUACGGCCUCAUCUUCGCUAGAAGAUGCCGAGCUAAGCGACGAUAAAAUCUCCGUUGAACUGCCCAAUAUAUCGAUCAGUUGCAGCGACAUGGACGACGACGAAAUUAGGUGCACAGACAUUGCCAUCGAUCCCCAAGCUGAGGACGGACUCAUACUCGAAGAGGCUGCCGCCAUGCAACAAAGUGCUCUUUACAGAACUAAGAACCGACCGCCUCCGCUGGGCCAGACUUCUGACUCCUCCAGUCACGACGAGAUCAAGAUAAUGGUUCAGCCGCCGCCGUUGGUCAUACCAACAUUAACCAUUCAGACACCGUCGCCCACACACACAAUCACACCAUCCGCCCUAUUCCCCGGAUCACCGCCACCCCGUUCCCAUAAAGAGACUUGCUUCCAGUUUCCCACUCCGAAACAGGCAAGAAAGAUGUUUAAGGAUUUCGAGAAGCCGACCUCCUUGGACCUACCGUGCGCCCCACCUAUGAUUACGAUCACCUGUAACAUGAGCGAGGCGGAAUCCGAUGCGGAAUCUAUGUCGCCUGCGGUUAAAGCGGCGGGACAUUUGGGGGUAGCACCCGUAGGUAUGUCGUACCUCAGUCCAUUUUCAAUGGUGGCUAGAGGCGACCACAACGCUUCAGAGAGCAAUUUGAGUUCGUCAGGGUACAGUUCGAUGGCAAGUCCAGGUCCUAGUAGAUGUGGAUCGAGCAACCCUUUGUGUCCUUCCGAGAUGGAAGAUCCGGGUUCAGGGGGAUCGCAUAGAAGGACGUCAUUGACACCGGUGUUAAAAACGACCAACAACAAUUCGGAUUGUAAUACUAUUAAUAAGACGGAGGAUCAACGAAGGGGAAGAUCGGAUUCGGAAACGCUUUCGGAUGAUCCGCUGUUAGAGAGCAACGAUGAAGGGAUUGGUACGGAUCACAUAGAUGAAAAGAUAGAUGACGGAGAGGUCAAAAGUGCCAAGGAGCUGGAAGUAUUCAUUAGCGAAACGGAACCAUCAGUUAAAAUGCUGAUUGACAUUCCGGUGCUGAGUCCCGUGCCGCGAGUGGGGAAGUGCGUGAGUUUAGAUGACACGAUAGACCGGUUGAUGCCGCCACCUGCGGGCGGUAAAAAUUCGCUGCAGCUGCCUUCGAUUGUAGUACAAUGUGAAUCACCCGGUUGCGAGAAACACUUAAGUCCGAUGAGCUCGCGAAGUGAGAGCCCGCUGAGCGACAGGACGACGGGAGUAUCUAGGUUCUCGCCGCAGUUCUACGGUCGCAACAAAGAUCUGCUGCCGUUUACCGAUUCGGACGGUCUCUACGACUUCCCUAGUUCAGAUAAGGUAAAUGUCACCACUGUUUCUCAACACAAAAAGACUAGUAGAAAGCGGGAUAAGAAACUGCUACGAAAUUGCAAAACCCCAAGUCCCACCAAACCACUUCAGCCAUUGCCAUUACAUAAUCACUUAGACGUUCCCACCAAAGAGUCUUACUAUAAAGUACCGGCUCCUAGGAAGCUUAGUCCUAAGAGGCGCAUCGUGCGCUCCCAGGUAGUUAGUUCGUCCUCCAGUUCUGACAGUAUUAAUUCGGCCCGGGAAAUAAGACUGUCGUCGUCCAGUCCCAGCCCGGACACAAUUCGAUGGUCGUCGCCCGUGAACUGGCUAGACGAAAAAUGUCAAAAGUCACACGAGGCGUCCGGAGAAGAGACGUGCGAUGAUGCAAAUACCGUGAUGUUGCCAAAACCCCACAAUAACACUAAAUACCAGAAAAUCAGCAGACUUCGAGCCAUCAGCCAUCAAAUUAGAUUUCUGAGAAGACUUGAAUUAAGCUUGAAGCGUCGCGAACGUACGGUGAGUCCAUCGGACAGCUUGGACAGCGGCGAGGACUCCCCGAGGGCUACUUCACCACUUCUGGCUUCGUCGAAGGCACCCAAAGUGGAAAUAAGGAAGAGCAGCAGCAUUGGAAAGCUACAGACUAACUCUUCGGCUAAGAACAGACGCAACAAGUACAAACGCGGCGAUUACCUCCUUCAAAGCGACGAGCACUCCAGGAAGAAGGUGGUGGUCGCCGGUAACGGUCAUUCGGAUUAAAUGUGGUUUUAAAAUUGCCGGAGACAAAUUUUAAUCAACCUAAUUGGCUUUGAUUUAAUUUUGGUUGAUUGAAAUGUGUUCCACAUCCUGUAUAAAUAAUGUACUGAAUAAUAUAAAACGAAAAUAACGACAAAAUAUAUUCUAAACAUCGAACAAUCAUAAAUGUAAAGUUAAGUUAUUGAUCGCAAUAUUUUAAGGGUGAUUUUAAAUAUAUUAAAGCUUUAUUGAUACAUGAAAAUCGAAUUAGUUUGAUGCUCAAUUGUACGCAUUAUCGUUAUUGUUGCACAUUUUGUUUUCGUCGAAGCAGUACCCUAAAUUUUGUGACAGGGUCUGAUUUCAUUAUUAAUUAGUUGUUAUUGUUGCGCCACAUUCAAAAGUUAAACAAGUGUUAAAUUGUAUCAGUUUUAAUGAUUUUCAUCAUAUUGAUGUAUGUGUAUAACUUUUUGAAAUGGUGCAACAUAUCUGUUGUUAAUUCGUUACAUAUUAUAUAAAAUCAAUUUAAAAAUUUUGUAAAUAAUCUCGUCCAUGAAUAUUCAUCAAAACUAUAAUAUAAAUAUUAAUAAUAAUACUAAUAAUAAGAUAAAAACAUGAAAAGCUGAUCUCUCUAGUUUGAGGAAGCUUGAAAAGGCUUUGAAUAAGAGACUGAACAAUUUUUAUACUAUAAAUUUUAACUGUUUCUUGUUACUAAGAUUUCUUAUAGUUGCACUUUUUAAAUGUAGUCCUAUCAAUCGUACUCCCAUGAUAUACUAUAUUUAAUAAAUACACGACGACCGUGUGUACGAACAUACAACUUUUAUUCUGAUGUCUCUGUGAUAGAUCUCUGCUAGAUCACUUCAGAAUGAAGAUAAAAGUGAUUUGCUUACAGAAACGUGUAUAACAUUAUGAGUUACUAAUAUUUUGAUCAAUGUUCAAUUAAUUUAGCCACUAGAUGAAAGUAUAAUACAUACAGUACCUUUAAAAUAGUAAAAAAAGGAUUGUCAGGAAAUAGAGUUGAGAAAUGAAUAUACUAAUCUUAUUAUUAGUUACAUUAAAUUAAAUAUAUAAAAAUAUAUAUUUGAUUAUCAGUUCCAAUAAAUAUUUUCAAUUUAGGUACUUUAAGAUUAAGAUUAACACGUGCUGUGUUUAUUACAGUAUAAAAAGUGCCUCUACCAUUUUGUACCUUAAAUUUUUUUAACCAAUUCUGCCAAUACAAAGUCUAAAAUUAAAACCGUAUUGUUCCAAAUUAGUACACAUAAUUCCUUAAAGAUGCAGCACAAAAACGUAAAAGAUUAAAUAAAAUAAAAUAUACAAUAGAUAAUGAGGAUGUAGGCAUUAGAAGGUUUUAGAAUACUUUUCGUGUCAACAAUUUUAAAACGAACUUUUCUGUAAGCAAGUUGGCGAACAAUAUACUUACAGCAAUAUAUUGAAGGGAGCAAAAGAGUCUUUUGGCACAAAUGAGCAAUUAUUAUAAUUAGUAUUGCGCACUACUGUUCUAUACUAUCUUUCUUUGUUAAUAAUAUUUAAUAUAUUAUAAAAUAAUGUAAAAGUCUUUCAUCAAUAAUUAAAAAAAACAGUUAUAUUAACAUACGUACAUAUUUUAUAUGGUAUUUAUUUGCUGUGCUAAACGACAUUUAAUAAAAUAAAGGAGCUUGUUUUCUUUA